ACUUAUCCCUUACCUCUGCAAAGCCAGAUCUGGGUUCUCUCUCAAUCUUUAUCUUCUUCCUCCUUUCCUCCUCCCUGCUCAUCUUCUUCUUCCUUUCUUUUUUUUUUUCUCUCUCUCUUCUCCAUUCUUCUUCCUCUCUUAAACCCAGAUCUUAAACCCAGAUCUGAGUUUUUCUCAAACCCAGAUCUGGGUUUAGUCACAUAAAUUAAGAAGAAGUUGGUGAUAAUAAGAAAAUGAAGAUCGACCACGCGCUUGGGACUGUCAAGUCCAAUGGCAUCCAGAAAGUUCUCGCUCUCCGUGGAGAUCCACCUCAUGGCCAGGACAAGUUCGUCAAGGUUCAAGGUGGAUUCGCGUGCGCUCUCGAUCUGGUGCAACACAUCAGAAGAAAAUACGGUGAUUAUUUUGGUAAUACUGUUGCUGCAUCUAUCUAUUUUGCUUUACCAAAAAUUAAAAAGAUCAUUGUUUCUAUAAGAAUCAUAUCACCCCAUAAAUGGGAAUUCAAUCCAGCUAUUGAGAUUACUGGUUUUCGUAGUUUGCACUGCGGCGCCGUCGUGCGUUUGCUUGGAGGACCGCCUCCUGGUUGGAAUGACUCUGGUUCGAGACGCCGCCGCUCAAGAAGCCUUUUGCUUGGACGGCAGUUUGCCGGCACAUCAUCUCCACAGAGGAUUCGGCGCCGGAGAAGACAAUUGGCUUCUUCAAUUCGAGAUCCAAAGAAAGGGACUUACUUGAGGUUCACCUCUGUGAACAUCAAGACCGGCUUCAAGUUCGCCAGAGUGAAUAGCCGGGUCAGCAGGUUUGCUUUUGUUGGAAGUUGAGGUGGUGGCGGUGAAUCUGUGCGGAAGAACUUGAUCAUUGCGGCCUGUAAAUAGACCCUGGUACAGCCU